UCCACGUCGUCUCUGUCGCUGGUUCGCCCGCCACCUCCUCUGUUCUCGUUCUCUCGCAACGGUGAACGGACCAAGGCCAAACCCUAGCGACUGCGAGCGAGCUUCCGGCGGGCGACAACCGAGGCGUGUUUCUAAGUCAACUCGAUUCGAUUCGCCAGCCACCACGCAGCAGCCAUCAAGGAGGAAGGGAGUCUUGGAGAGCCGGAUUUCAGAUUUGAUUCUCAUGUGUGCGAGUUAAGAGGAGCGAGCGCAUUCGCAAGGAAAAUCAGAGACCAAUGAAAUUACAACAGCAAGAAUCAGCAGGGGAGCAACAACAAGGGGGAGAGGUACAGCUCCCCGAAAAUCUCCUCCGACACUUUGAGCAAAUCCUCCACGAUGACCCCCUCAUCGAUGAGGUGGGGUUCUUGCACCCGACACAAUUCUGCUCACUAGAUUGCGCCCAAGAUGGUGACUCCGCUUCGCAACCUACAGAGUUCCAUCGCACAAGAUACUUCUGGUGCAGAGACCACAAGCUUGCCAUCUCUGCCGAGAUCCUCCCCAAGCUUUACCACGCUGCUCGGGAUGCCUACCACAAUGCAAGGGAUGCCCCACUAUCACCCACUCAUCUUAUGAGGCACACCAAGGCACUACUCAUACUUUGCCCUGACCUACUCACCGCAUGGAACUCAAGGAAGAUGGUGCUAUCAGCAGAGUAUGAUUUCACAAAGCUCAAGGAUGAGCUGCAAUUGUGUGCCUUGAUCCUUUCCUACUCACCAAAGAACGAGAGCACAUGGAGCCAUAGGAGAUGGGUGAUAAAACAAGUUGCCGAGCAACGUCAAGAUAUGUUGGAGCUUAUAGGGAAUGAAUCCAUGUUAGUCAAAGAGAUAGCAGAGAAAUCAAAAAUGAACUACCGUGCAUGGAGGCAUCGAUGCUGGCUUAUUCCUUACAUGACAAGGAAACAGGUGCUGGAUGAACUGAAGGAGUCAACAAGAUGGAGUGAGCUACAUGUUGCUGACAACUGCUGCUUCCACUAUCGAAGAUCCCUGCUGCUUGCACUACUAGGCAACCUCCUUCGGAAUGGAGAAGAUUCCCUUAGUUGGGAGUCAGAAAUUUGCCUGCUAUGGAAGGAGGAGCUUAGGUGGGAUGAGAUGCUGAUCAGACGCUACCAGGGGAGAGAGUCGUUAUGGAACCACCGUCGGUUCCUUUCACACUGGUGGAUACAGCACUUGCUCACUAUUGAAGAAAACUGGCCCUCAACGACAUCCCAGAUGGAUAUGUUUGUCAUACAGGAGAUACAACUGCUGUCUGAGUGCCUGCAUGACCCUGUGGAUGAGUUUGGGGAGUCAUGUGUCCAAGCAGAGCUUUCAGCGCUCUACAUUCUGUGGAUAACAAAGCAAGUCCCAGCUGUGAAAGGAAAGCUGGAAGAGAGGCUGCAUUCUGUUUCCCUGGGGAAGCUGAAGGACGUGCUGGCAGGAGCCUGCAGGCCAGAGAAGAGGAGGUUUUGGAUGAAUUUGCUCGGCCUGGCUGAUCAAUCCAGUGAUAUACAUGGUCUUUCUUGUUGAGUUUGAUCCUUCAACAUACAUGACAUGGAGGCCAAGUCUUUACAGGUCCUGUCUCCUAUGUGGCUGUAAACCAGACUGAGGAUUACUGGUAAGUUGAAAACAAAAUACGGUACAUCGAAAGAGGAUGUUUGUUGUUUACCCCUCAUUUGACUUUCACAUUGGAAGAAUUCUCAAAUUGUAGCGAAUGCAAAGCUGGCAGCAUUUAUGUCCCUGCAUCCUCAAACCCCAAUCUUGAGGAAAAGCUGAGUUGCUAGUAAUGCUUUAUAGAUGAUACACACCCACUUGGAUCUAAUAAGGCCCUGAUGUAGGGUGUGUGUAUGUAUUUAUGUAACAGCUAGAGAGUACAGUAUAACCCAAACCCAACUCAAUGACCACUAGCUAUGGUCCACCUUGUCAACUAGAAGAAACUAUCUUCUUCUAGGACCAACAACUCAUAUGAAUCAAUUAAACCUGUUUUAUCUUA